UCCGAUGUUAUUUACCGGUCCUCUUCGAAGAAACAUCGAUCCUUUCAAUGAAUAUUCGGAAGAAAAUCUGUGGCAAGCCAUUGAAGAGGUUCAAUUAAAAGAAGUAAUUAGUAAAUUACCUGGCGGAUUGGAUACACAUUUAUCAGAAGGAGGACGGAAUUUCAGCGUUGGGGAAAGACAGUUAAUUUGCCUUGCCAGGACCAUUCUUCUUCAGAAUAAAAUUCUUGUCAUGGACGAAGCAACAUCCAAUAUUGAUAAAAGCACUGAUUCCUGCAUACAAAAAAUAAUUCGAGAAAAAUUCAAAUCUUGUACAGUGUUGACAAUAGCCCAUAGAUUACAUACGAUUAUUGAUUCGGAUAAAGUUCUGGUUCUAGAUACAGGGAAAUUACAACAAUUUGACACACCAUACGCACUACUGAAAAAUGUGAAUGGAACUUUUUAUAAUUUGGUGAAGAACACAGGAGUAACUUCCAUGAACGAGCUAUACAAAAUUGCUAAAAAUAAAUAUUAUUUUAAAGAAUUUACCGAAAGAACAAAAUUAUAAAACAGUGGAUCUUUGAUUCAAGUGUACUUUUUGUUGAAUUCUUGUUCUGUAUUUUAUUUAAUAUCCUGUACUCAGAAAUAAGUGGCAUUUGCAUCUGUGACGUAGAACAUGGAAUUUUUAAAAUCUAAAACAUUGGAUAGCAUUUGUUCUGCUGUUAAAUUUAUAUACAUGAAAUGUAAUAAAAAGAUUUAAUAUUUCUAACAAAUAGGUUUUAAAAGGAAACUAUUCUUAAAUUAUUUAUUUCCUGAA